GCAUAUCUGAUCUCCUCUAGCUCGCGCAAAAACGUCUUGAAUUUCGAGCCAGUUCAAUUAUCCCGCGACGGCCUGCAGUAGGGUUAUCAUCGCACGCGUUCUGCACGCACCGCGCCAGAGUAUUCGACCGCCGUGGCUACAACAAAAGAUGGCGUUAAAGAUAUGGACAUUUCUAUUAGUAAUGUCGUUGCCGGCUGCUGAACGUGGACGCGGUUUCGGUUCAUUGGCGGCUACAGUAUUGGGCAAUAUCGAUUACCACAAAAUCCAACAAAAACUGUUCAGUCCCAACAGCAUCGGUGACGGUGGCGAUGUAAUAAUUCGACCUGCCGUGCCGCCGAUCCUGUGGUGGACCGGCCAUCGGGUGGACAAGCGGGCCGCCCCAAAGAUCACCAACAAGAACCCGUUCGUGCAGGCGGCGGCCGCGUCUUCGACGGGGCCGUUGGCCGACGGCCGGUGCAUGGCCCGCGUGCAAUCCGCACUCGGCGAUAUGAUGUCCGCGGCGACGGGCGGCGGCGCCAAAAACGGAAACCGACGUCACACCGCCGCCGCGUCCCCGCAUCCGGCUUCCGGCUUCAUGGACCUGUCCGGGUACGCGCUCCACCAACGGUUGCGGACGGCGCCCGGCGCCGAGAUGUACGUGACCGGGAUGCGCGCCAAGGUGAUGCCGCCCCGGGACGCCGCAGCCGCAGAAUCCUCGCCCGGCGGUUUUGACAACGGCGGCGGCGGUGCCGGAAGCGGAACGUGGGCUCGGGUGGACGGAUGUCGGUACGAUCCGCUGGGCAACACGCUCGAGGCGCGCAUGCGGUUUGGCCGCACACUGAUGGUGUCCGGCUCGGUGCGACUGUUGUAUGGCGGUGGAGGCGGUGGCGGCGGUGUCGCCGGCGCCGGCGAAACCGGAUGUGACAUGACGCUGCGUCUCAGGCCCCGAGCCGGUUUGGGAUUUACGGCCGCGCCGCUGACCGUGCCGGAAAAAUCGCCGCCUAACCGUCUGACGGCCAUGCCGACGAUGACCAUUCGGACCACGGCCACGUUCAUCGACCCCGACCCGGCCGACGACCCGGCCGGCGCGUACGUGAGCGUCCACUCUUACAACUGCGUGGGCGGGGCCGCGGGAUUCCCCGGCAACAGGGAACGGCCGGUGGCCACGGACGCCGCUUCGUCCGACCGUUACGAACAGUUUUUGUCGUCCGAAUUGGGCAGCGGCGGCGGCAGCACUAGCGACGAACUGUUGCUGUCGGCCGGCGGCGAAAUCGACUUGGACGCGGACGACGGUGGAGGCGGCGCAGAUUCCAGCGGUUUUGGCGACGAGCGAAGCGGUCGGCGCCCGUCGCCGUCCUCCUCUUCCUUUACGUCGUCGUCCGACGAAACCACACCCGCCGACAAUCCGCCCGUUUCAGUCGACUUCCCCUACGUCUCGGCCGGCUUCGUCAACCCACCGGCACCCAGUCCGGAACCCAGGCUCCACCGAAUACAGUACCACAACAAACUGCCCCAGCACCCGAUGUUGACCAUCUCGUCCGCCACUGCCUCUGCCGCCAACAGUCCGCAUCACCAACAGUCGCAGGACCAACUCCUCAUGGAAAUGGAAGACGUGUUCGUCCGCGGAGUCCGGUCCCUGUUGGCCAAACACAUGGAACGCACCCUGAAACCCGUCUUGAAGGACUCACUCAUGGCCAACAUGGGCUACACGGUGUCGUACGGUUAACGUAUUAUACAUAGUUAUACACUUUAUGCGCAGUGUGCAUUACCCAUAAUUUUUUUUUAUUUUUUUAUAUAAUUUAUAUUUAUAUACUUUAACCGGUUAGUCAAUAUUAUAUAUAGUACCUAUAUUAUAUGGCUAUACAUACAAUGCAAUAACUUAUUUUAAAUAUUUAUGUUUAACACAAUACUUUAACAAUCAAUAAUUAUCUGUUUGUAUUGCUUUCAAACAAUACUAACGAUGGAAAUCGUGUCAAACAUAGUAUUAUUAUGUUGUAAUAUAAUAAUUGUAAAAGGUGUUAUUUAUAUCAUACACAAAUUAUUUAGAUUGUACUAUGGAGAAUACGCCAUUAAAAUAAUAUAAUAAAUUAUCGUAAUACUUGAGUAUUAUACAAAAAACAAAUUCUAAAAAUCCUCGUAUCUAUAUAUGUCAUAACGGUUAUUGAGGCAAUAAGCCGAUAUUAGCCAACUAAUAAGACACGUUAGAUUGAUGUAAAAAGAUUACUAGCAAAAUUGCACUUUUUAUAUUUGUGACCAAAUCGGUUUUUGUAACAAUACAUUAUUAAACUAUCAAUUAUAUUAUAAUA